CCCUCUCCCCAGUCCGUUUCCCUUCUAUCGUUGCACGCUCUCGUGCACCUCAAUCAUUUUGCUACGAAAUCCCACUGCCCGUUCUACCGAUCGGUGCUUAGCCAUGCCUAGCGCUCGCCCUCGUUAGUUAACCUUGAGUUAAUUAAACCCCCGCGCGAACCACUGGAGAAGCCCGAGGACGGAAUAUCGAGGAUUCAAUCGCGAAUAUCGAAACUCGCGCGCCUAUCCCCCUCUCUCAUCGUUCUGCAUUCACGAUUAAAUCCCCUUGCACAAUCACGCAACGCGAAAGCGUCGUUCAGCAUAUUGACAGGGUGACGCUCGCGAUUCGCUUUUCAUUAGAUUCCGUAUUGAUUCCUAAUUAAUAAUAAAUGGAAAGCCGAUAGUUCGAUCAUUUUCAACGUACUUCUGUUUUUGUGAGACCAAACGAAAAAAUAGUUUUAAUUUAGUAUCUGAUUUGUGGAUUUCUCGUGUUGGUGGAUGCGCGUAUAGGUUAGGUAACGGCCAGUUGACAGCAGUGAAGUUAGGCGAUGUUUAUCAGCGGGAAAUAAAAACCUAUUUAUAAGUGAUUUAUAAUAUAAAUACUUUACGAUCAUCCUAAUUAUGGAUUAUUUAAUAUUCUGACUUUUAUUUGCUUUUCUAAUGACAAGUGAGAAGAAUGACAGUUAAUUAUUCUCAUAAUUUAUUGAAAAACGUUCACGAAAAUUUAGCAUUACCAGACAAUGGUGAAACAUUCUUAGUUCAAGGAGAUUAUGAAUAUUGGCACUAUGGUUGCGAUGGUUUCAAUGACCGGGGUUGGGGAUGUGGAUAUAGGACAUUACAAACCAUCUGUUCAUGGAUUAUAAAUAAUAAAAAUUUAAAAAAAAAUGUUCCAAGCAUUAAUGAAAUACAAGAGACUCUCGUUGCGGUGGAGGAUAAAGACAAAACUUUUAUUGGGUCAAGAGAAUGGAUAGGAAGUUUUGAAGUAUCCAUUGUUUUAAAUCAAUUGUAUGAAAUUCUUAGCAAAAUAAUCCAUGUCUCCAGUGGAAAGGAGUUGAUUAAUCAAGUGGAUAACAUUAAAAAGCAUUUCGAACAAUUUGGCAGUCCAAUCAUGAUGGGUGGAAACAUGGACUGUUCUAGCAAGUGUAUUGUAGGAUUACAUAUUAAUAAUGGAAGUGUGUAUUUGCUAAUUGUAGAUCCACAUUUUGUUGGAAAAGCCAAAAAUUCGGAGCACUUAAAAAGAGAUCGAUGGGUGAAGUGGCAAAAUCUGAAUAACUUCGUCGAUAGUUCAUUUUAUAAUCUAUGUUUGCCUCAGCUCAAAUGUCGAGGAUUGGAUAAUAAAUAAUAUCAAAUAUAUUAUUUAUACAAAAUAA